UCGCGAGAUCCGUGGUGACGUCACAUCUCUCGGUCUCCAUGGCGACGCAACAGCUUUACGGAGGUUGCCGCAGGCUUAGCUAGUAGGAGAGAGGCGGCUGUUCCCGGGAGGAGGUUGGAUUUGGGGGGGUCACACCCGGGAGACCCCGGAACAGUCCGUGCACACAUAUCACCGGCUGCUGCGGGAGACCCGAGGUAAGAGCACCAUCAGGGGGCGGGCCUUAUUGACAGCUUGGGCUGUUGUCAUGGCAGCUGUCAUGAAUGUCUGCUAAGCCCGCACAGUACCUGCUGUCUGUCUUCACAGGGGAUAAUGUGACUGAGGGGAGAAGAGCACAGCAUCUCGGCAAAGAUGAGUAAGAAGGAGGAAUCAGAUUCUGAAGGAGGGCCAGAGUAUGAAGAUGACUUUGAGAAAGACCUUGACUGGUUAAUAAAUGAGGAAGAGAAAAAGCAUCCAUCCCAGAAUGAAGACGACAAUGAACAUCUCACUGAACAAAGACCCGAUAACACAACACAAUUAGUGAAACAAGAGAAUAAAGGUGACGGUAUGCAAAUCAGCGAUAGUGACAUUGCUCAAGCUGUCCCUAAUAUGAAUGGUAAACUCAUCCUGGAUACUGUGUCUGAGUGUGAAGAAGUUGAUCCCGAAGAUGAGGAAGCAAAACGAUAUAUUGCAGAAAAGAUAGAAGAAGCAAACAAGAAAUUAGAAAUGGAAACCGUCAAUGAAAAUCGACACAGGAAACUCAAAUUUAAGGACAAUUUGGUUGAUCUGGAAGUUCCACCACUAGAGUUUCCAGACAGCGAUAGAACUGAAAGUAUCAGUGAAGAGGAUGUGGUAGACAGCAUAACAAAAUUGCAUCUUGAUGAUGGUCCAGCCAAAGAACAGUCGAAUCCUGAGGUAAAUGAAAAGGCUGGAGAAGAACCAAAAGAUGGGAAAGUUUUGGUUGAGAAAGAUGGAAAAUUUGAGCUUGUCAGUUUAAAUGACAUUGAAAACCAGUGUUCUCUACCACCUAUUAACAAUAAGGAGCUGUCAAAAUCUCCAUCGCCAUCAAUGGAGUCUAAUAGAUUUGGUGCAUUGCAUUACGGGGACAAUUACAAAUUAGAUUACAAGAAAACUUCCACUGUUGGUAAUGUAAAUCAUUUUGCUCCUCAACCACCUGGGGAACCUAAAGUCCGACCUAGCUCUGCUACUCAUUCAUUGAAGUCUAUACACAAAGUAAAGCCAUCACGUAGAGUCCAGUCUGCAAGUGUAUCAACUAGAAACACAACAUUCAGCCUUUCCCCUGAGCAAAAGGAGCUACAGAAAAGGAUUCAAGAAAGGCAAGAAAGACUAAAGAGAGAGGAAGAAGAGCGUAAACAAGAGGAAGACGAACAGAAACGGAGGGAGAAUGAGAUGGCGUUUAAAAUUUGGUUACAGAAGAAGAAUGAACAGCUAAUUCAAGAAAAGCGGAUCCAGCAGGCAAAGGAGCUGGAGAAAGGCAGCACAUCUGAUAAAGAGAAAGAUGCUUCAAAAGCAGCUUUUACUGUUUGGAUGAAGAGGAAACAUAGAGAGCAACUUAAAGAAAAGAAGAUCGAGGAACUGAGACAACAGGAGACAGUUAGUUUCCUGGAAGAAAGAAAGGACAGAGAAGGAGCGUAUGCACAAUGGUUAAAACAGAAGAGAGUACAGAAACGUGUUGAACAACAAACUGCUACAGAAAGAUCGAGAAGACUUUUGCUAGAAGCCAGAAGAAGCAAACAGAUACAUAAUUUGCUGUACAAUAUCUCUGAGUCCAGAUCGUUCCGUUACAUUGAUCCCUACAGCUAAAAAGUACAUUGUGUUUUAGUAUCCAGCACUGGUACAUAUUUAUGUCC